GAAAGAACCUCUGGUGAGGUCGAGAGACCUGAGCAGGCCGAGCCUGUUCUGCCCGUCGUCAACCCGGCGCUCGAGAAGCCUGCUCCUCCUCAGAGCAGCAUCCACCCCGCUCUCUAUGUUGUCGUCAUCCUCUUCAACAAGUACAUCCUCGACGAGAGAAGGAAGAACUUCCGUGAGUCUACCAUGCAGCCCACUACGCUCGGAAACGUGUCUUUCAUCGUUCUUGGUGUCAUCAUCGCCUCGUUCGGAGAGAUUCAAUUCGUCAUGCUCGGUUUCCUCCUCCAAGUUGCUGGAAUCAUCUUCGAGGCCAUUCGCCUGACCAUGGUCCAGCGCCUCCUUUCUUCUGCCGAAUUCAAGAUGGACCCUCUGGUUUCUCUUUACUACUUCGCUCCCGCUUGCACCAUCAUGAACGGUGUCGUCGCUUUGAUUACUGAGGUCCCAUCAAUGACCUGGGCUGACUUCGACCGUGUCGGUUACUUCACCCUCUUGCUCAACGCCAUGGUUGCCUUCGGUCUCAACGUUUCAGUCAUUGGCAGAACCUCCUCUCUCGUCCUUACCCUUUGCGGUGUCCUCAAGGACAUUCUCCUCGUCGUGGCCUCGAUGCUCAUUUUCCACGACCCCGUUUCCCNNCCUCUUCAAUUCUUCGGUUACUCGAUCGCCCUCGGUGGUCUCGUCUACUACAAGCUUGGAGCUGAUGCCCUCAAGGAGUACGCCGGUGGUGCUGGUCGCGCCUGGGCCGAUUACGGUGUCAGACACCCCGCCCUCAGAAAGCUCAUUGUCUUUGGUGGUGUGCUCUUCGUUCUCUUCCUCCUCCUCGGCUCUUUCAGCUCCUCCUUGCCUGUCGACCCUAAGCAAUACGUCGGCAACAAGUACACUGGUUUCUUCGGCAAUGGCGGCGUAUAA